AUGGCGUCAAAACGUGUGAUCAGUAUUUACAUUACAGAGCAGUUUUAUCGUCAUAUAGACGGAACUAUCCAGAAGUUUAAGUCUGUGAAGAAAUAUAUUCAAGAAACAAGUAGGACAACUUUAAAAAACAUGCCAAAAAUUAAAAGUUCUGUCAUAUUAAGGUCAAAAAUUAAAUCAGCUCCACCAUUUCGUCAAAAUACAGAGGUGUCAUAUAUUAUGGAUACAUUUGUUCAACACUGGUAUACUUUAACAAAAUAUAUCGACAAACUUUUUAUGAAUGUUUUUUUUUGUAAAACGACUAUGGGAAGGGUGAUUUGCUUACUUGCAUUUUGUUUUGUUUUGCCAUAUGUUAUACCAAAUAGUAUUUUUGGAUUAAAUACCAAUGUAUCGAGAUAUAGCCUUACUAAUCUUCAAUUGGCUACAGAAAAGCUCAACCCUCUUUUAAGUAGUGUUUUUCCACAACAAAGUGAAUCACAUUAUCAUUUACUUACGUUGGCAAGAGAUCACAUUCGGAAACGUUCACAUGGAUUACCGGUUAUAAUAACUUUUAUUCAUGAAAAAAGAGAUAAAAGUGCUAAACUUUUUAUUUACCAAUACGCUAAUAUUACAGCUUUUCAUAGUAAAAGUAUGGUAACAGAAAUGGAAUCAAAAAAAUUUGGAAGAGAUAAGGAAUCCUUUAAAAAUUCAUUAGAAAAAAGAUUGGAAACAAAUAAUAUUAUAGUAUUAUGGAAUAUACAAGAUCUUGAAUCAGAUUUACCAUUAAUUAUUCACUCAGAAGCUGAUAGUCAUACUUCAUCAAAUAAAAAUGUUUUUUGGAUAUUAACUGUAGAAGUUGACAGUAUAGAUAAUGAUUGUUAUAUAAUAUUGGACAAAUUUUUAAAGGAAGCAUGGAUAGGUAAUCAUGAAAUGUUAAAUACUGAUCAAAUUUUACCUAUUCUAUCACGGAUUUCAACAUUUCCAAUAUGUUUAGAGUAA